AUGGAUGAUCUUAUUGUCUCCCCAUCUUCAUCUUCUUCCAUCGUUUCUUUUCCCAAAACUACAAUCCCUCCCCCUUCUGAUCAUACCCUACAGCAAAAGCUCCAACACCUCCUUCAAAGCCAGCCUCAACCAUGGGCAUACGCCAUUUUCUGGCAGACCUUCAACGACGACUCCAAUGGCUGUGUCUCCUUGUCCUGGGGAGACGGUCAUCUCCAAAGCAACAACGACCUUCCAAUCACCACCUUGCCCUCGACCUCUGGGGGUUCCGCCACCUUUCUCUCCGAUUUGGAACCUGACAGCAGGAAGUCUUUAAUCAGAGAAAUCCAGGCCCUCCUUGGACCAGACAACCGCGCCGACGCCGAAUGGUUCUAUGUCAUCUCUUUAACCAGGUCAUUUACCCCCGGAGACGGAUCGGUUCCAGGUACGGCUUUYGGUUCAAACACUUUGAUCUGGUUAAGUGGGGUGGAUCAGCUCCGUUCUUUUAACUGUGAGAGAGCUAAAGAAGCUCGGAUCCACGGGCUAGAGACCCUGGUUUGCAUCCCGACACCAAAUGGUGUUUUAGAAAUAGGUUCACAUCAUGUCAUCGAGGAGUCGUGGAAUUUGGCUCAUCAGGCUCAGUCAGUCUUUGGUGGGGUUUCUUCUUCUUUGAACAACCUUAAUGACGAUCAUCACAAUAUUAUUUCUUUUGCUGAUAUGAUGUUUAUGGCUGGCGGGCUGCAAGAGGAGGGUAUGAACACGAUAGAUUUUGAAUCAACAACACCCGAUAACCAGAUGUCCAAGAACGUUGAAAAAUUAUACAUAAACAAGAGCAACACUACUGCUGCUACGACCAUGAAUACCUAUGCGGAAACUGCAUCGGAGCAUUCCGAUUCUGACUGCCAGCUGGUUCUUGCCACGACAGAGAGGCGGAUACAGAAGAAAAAAGGAAAGAAGCCAGGUGGUCGGGAUCCUCCUGUUAACCACGUGGAGGCAGAAAGGCAACGGCGUGAGAAGCUCAACCAACGUUUCUACGCCCUGCGCUCCGUCGUCCCAAACGUGUCUAGAAUGGAUAAGGCGUCCCUCCUGGCAGAUGCUGUCUGCUAUAUCAACGAACUGAAAGCAAAAGUUGAGUAUCUGGAAUCUCAGUUGCAUUCUCGCAUCAACCACCAAGGGAAAACCAAGAAAAUGAAGGUGGAAGUGGCUGAUACUGCGGACAACCCCCUGCAAACCAGCGACACUUAUAGUUUGUAUCAAUCUCGGGUGUCGACAAAACCUAUAUUAAAGAUUAAUAACAAGGCCACGAUCAAGAAUAAUAUCAGUGGUUUUGGUGAAGUGGAAGUGAAAAUCGUGGGUGAGGACGCAAUGAUAAGGGUGCAGUCAGGGAAUGCGAACUUGCCCCCGGCGAAACUGAUGGAUGCUCUGAGAGAAAUGAAGGCACAGAUCCAGCAUGCAAGCAUGUCGUGUGUGAAUGAGAUAAUGCUGCAAGACGUUGUGGUUAGGAUCCCAGGUGCCAUAGACGAAGAUGAACUCAAAACCGAUCUCAUUAGGAGAUUAGACCGCUAG